AAGCUCGACGGCUGGAGUCCCCAGGGUGCAGCUUUCACAACACCUCCUGCUUGUUGGUUUCAGCGCAUUGUCGACUCACUGUCACCGAAGGUGGACCUGGCUACUGAGUACCCCUCCUUUAGCCCACCAUCCUAUUCUCUGAAGCAGCAUCUGCACUUCCAGGAGGUCGGCGUCACUUGGCCGCCUGCCUCUGCCUUCACUAAACCUCGAAAUCGUUGGAGGCCAUCACUGGAUCCAACCACCCGACCGCACCCUGGAACCACGGAGGCGCUCGACUUUCCUCGCGCCCCCAUAAUCAUGGCAGAAGUGACAGACUUUAUGGAUUGGUUUGCUAAACUUAAUAUGUUGGAGGCUAAGCACGCAGUGCGGGUUGCCGAACUGGACCACGGUGAAGUGCGUGUCUUUACUGAACUCCCCACCCCCACCGCCACCGUCGUAGACGCAUCAUCAUCAUCCAACACCCCCAACCCUCGUGGCCAACGACGCCUCAGUGAAGUUCCUCGGUGUGAUUUUGGCGACAGUAUCAGUGAAUUGGCAACUCAGGUAUAG